AUGUUGGCGGCGGCGGCCCGGGCGAGCCGGGGGCUCUGCGGGGCCUGGGCAGCGCCCGGCGGCGCCCGCGUCAGUUCUUGGCUGCCCCAGACAGUUCUGUUCCGAGGAAGUCACUGGCAGGCUUCACUGCUGGCAUUCAGGACAUCUCUCCCCAUGAGAGCACAACCAAAGAAGAAGAAGAAAGUGGAUGUAAAGAGAGAGCAAGCACAGAAGGAUCGUAUGAAAAAGAAGAUUAAAAAGCUGGAAAAAGCUGCCCCAGAACUGAUUCCAAUUGAGGAUUUUAUAACACCACUUAAAUACUCAGAUAGCAACAGGGUACGAAGUCUUCCCCCUCUGUCAUUUGAGGAGACUGAAAGAAGAGUUUUACUUAUGAAAAAGUGGUGUUUGUUUAAGCAGAAACAAGAUAAGGCAGAAAAGAAAGCAAUUCAGACCCUUGUAGAAGCUCAGCAAGAGGCACUAAAGGAACUGCGCCUUGAAUCCGAGGAGUUGUAUCAGGCAGCAAUCAGACGAGAUGAGGGGCUUUUCCCCUUUGAGAGAGAUGGACCUAAUUAUACCCCACCACUUCCUGGUUAUGAUCCUCCUGAAGGAAAAUGCGUUGAUAUCACCAAAGUGUAUACGCAGUGAUGGAGGAGCAUGGUGUUCAUCUGGCAUGAGCUACUCAACCAACUGAAGGAGGAAAGAAUGGAAUAAAAAUAAAGAAUUCCUUCUGCAGGUUAAAAUACUGUAGGUGUGUGACUGUAAAAAAAAAAAAAAGCAUUAAUGAAGUAUCUGUUUGUUUGGGGUUUUUAAAUGGCUAUCUAGGCAGAUAAUGUAGUUUUGUUGGGUGUCUAGAUACCCUACCUUACACUUGUGUCAUGCUAGAACAAGACAAAGUAGUAUUAUU